UGCCGACGAGGGCAUAUUUGUAAUUUCUACCAUUUCCUGGCCUUUAUAAUGCUUACGAUUUCCACGGUACAUACUUGCUAGUCUGAUAAGGCGGCUUGCCGAGAAGGGUGUUUUCUGCCUCCAUUCUUCAAUCGUCUACUUUUCUGUCUGCGGGAUUGUAGAGCGGCGGUGAAAGCGAGAAAACAUGGUGUCGAAAGUUUACGCGUUUGAGGAGGUCAGGAAGCAUAACCAGACAAAGGAUUGCUGGUUAAUAAUUCACGGAAAGGUAUUCAACGUAACGCCUUUCAUGGAAGAGCAUCCUGGAGGUCCUGAAGUUUUGCUCGCAGCAACAGGAAAAGACGGCACAAGUGACUUCGAAGACAUUGGGCACAGUGACGAGGCCAAAGACUUGAUGGACAAAUACUACAUCGGGGAGAUAGACGCCGAAACAAUUCCUUUGAAACCCAGCUAUAUUUACCACCAAGAACCUGACAAGACCUCCUCCGACACACUCAUCAAGAUCUUGCAGUUCCUCGUGCCUCUCUUGAUCUUAGGUAUAGCCUUGGCAUUCCAAUACGGAAAGAAGUGAUUCCAGUUAUUACUACAUCACACAUGUUUUGGUAUCGUGUUUUCCAGCUUAUGUUAGUAGAAGAGAUAUAUUAUCGUUAGAUAGUUAGUGUUAAUUUCCGAUCAAAUGAUUUCCAACAUCUCUCUCUUUCCUCUCUCCCAAGCUAAGCUUUCUUAUUUCUUACAAUAAGGUAGCAUGUUGUGCUCUACUGCUUUGUUGUACUGGACUUGCAUUUCAUUACAAGUCCUUUGUUUCUUUUAUUCAAUGUAAUAUUGAGAUUUCCAUUCCUUA